GGAGGUAAGGGGAGGGGAAGUGCUGUCGGUCCAUGACAUGAAUGAACCAUGUUCGGUAACGGAGGCUUAGCUCUCCCGGUUUGCUCCUUUCUCCUGCUACACCUCCCGGUUCUCCCGCUAACGAACAACUGGCCCGUUAAGGACAGAAGUGAAGGGAGGGUGGAGCAGCAUAACAUCCAUCUACAAUCACACAGCCAUGGAAGUCCCAACGUCAAACAGACACACAACAACAAGGAGGAGGUGUUUCAAUGGUGGGGGGAGUGGUCCAGUUGGUCAUCCUGUUCCAGAAGCUGCGGAGGAGGCGUGAGGAGUCAGGAGAGACACUGUCUCAUACAGAGGCUCUCCACUACCCACAACGUCAACAGCUCAUACUGUGUUGGCUCUCCUAAACAGUACCAGCUCUGUCCAAACCAGCCUUGUCCCAGCCCCAGUCUGAGCUUCAAACAGCAUCAGUGUUCCCAGUUCAACUCUAAAGCCAUCGGAAGAAGAUACUAUCAGUGGAUACCUCUGUACCCAGCCGAUUACAUCAGCAUCUCCAAUAAGCCAUGUGACCUGCAGUGUACAACCAUCAGCGGAGAGCGACAGCUACUCGUCCCCGCCCACGACGGCACCUUCUGCCGUGAUACCAAAUACACCGGUGUCUGUAUAGAAGGAAUAUGUCAGCCUGUAGGAUGUGACGGGGAGCUGUACAGCAGUAAGACAGUAGACAGAUGUGGUGUAUGUGGAGGGAACGGGACAUCAUGCCAGCGUAUCUCUGGAUCAUACAGGAAGGCACUCGCACAGUUAGGCUAUGUGUUCAUCACCAACAUCCCAGCUGGAGCCACAGACAUUCAGAUCAUAGAGAGACACAAGACUGAGAACAUCCUGGCCCUGUCAGAUGAAGCAGGACAUUUCUUCUUCAAUGGAAACACUGUGUUUGAUCAUCCUCAAAACUUCCGAGUGGCGGGAACAGUGUUUAAAUACCGCCGUCCAAGCAACAUCUUCUCUGAUGGGCUGGAGUACAUCAUCGCCCAGGGACCCACGCAGCAGGGCCUGAAUGUUAUGUACUACAACCUAAACGGGAAGCUCCCUCACAUCACCUACGAGUACACCAUCCCGCUCAAGUCUCAUGACAUCACCGCUACAGAAGGCAUCACCACAGGCCCCUCCCACUCCCAUCUCAACCACACCUAUAACAACGUAAACGAGAACGUCAGAGGGGAUCAAGGUAGGUCCAACCACAGCAGAGGCGUGGCGUCCGUCCAUCAGUACGACAUGCAGCUCGGAGCCGAAGACCGAUCGGAUGUGGAGCUGCCGGAAGAGGAGGCGGGGGAGGAGGAGGAGGAGGAGGAGGAAGUAGUGUGGGAGAUCCAGACGCCGAGCCCUCCUCCACCAGCGGCCAUGUUGGUCUACAGACCAGCUGACGUCACCGGUCACGUGUUCAGCCACAAUGAUGUGGAGGAGCGGGGACCUCCUGCACCAUCCGGCUACAUGAGUUCCUCCAACUCAAUUGACGAGCCAUCCACUGCUGAUGACAACACACUAGUGCUCUCUUUCCCAGGUAGCCAGAGUGUUCAUCCAGCAGCACUGCCAGACGCCCCCUAUCUGCUACUGGAGGACCUACAGCACAACCAGACACACUCCCUCACACAGUCCAACACACACUCUGUCAAACACAAACUCAACGAUCCUCAUCCACAAGCAGAGAUACACGUGGAAACUCUCCCCCCCACAGACACAAACACACAGCUGGAAAUACAUCCAGAUCCGCUCACGGUCACCGACACGCACGCCGUCACACACAAAGAAACAGAAAGCGGCACACACUCGGACUCACACACUGUCGUCUUGGUACAGCUGCAACAGGUCUCUGCAGUCCAGGCAGCCAACACAGUGAGCAAUGACUUUGAUGUGGGUCUGGACUCAGACAUUAGUCUGGCAGACAUGUAUCGCUGGAAGGUUUCUGCUUACGCUCCAUGCAGCACAACCUGUACAACAGGUAUCACCACUAGCUACGCCCUGUGUGUCCGCUAUGACGGUACUGAAGUGGAUGACAGUUACUGUGACUCUCUAACCAGACCUGAGCCCACACAUGAGUUCUGCACUGGAAAGGAAUGUCCUCCAAGAUGGGAGACCAGCGGUUGGAGUGAGUGCUCUCGAACCUGCGGUGAGGGAUUUCAGUACCGGACUGUGCGCUGCUGGAAGAUGCUGUCACCCGGUCUCGACUCUUCUGUCUACGACACGCUGUGUCUGUCUCACGACCUUCACAAACCGGCCAAUAGGAAAGUCUGCCUCGGCCAGAGCUGCGGACCCCAAUGGGAGGUCUCAGAGUGGUCAGAGUGCUCAGCUCGUUGUGGCUCUCGGGGCGUUCGGACUCGGGAGGUUCGUUGUUCCAUGGAAAUGAGACUGUGUAACAAGUCCUCUCAGCCAAUAGAAAGUCAGGAAUGUGAAGGCCCGCCCUGCGACAGACGAUGGACGGUUUCUGAUUGGGGACCUUGCUCAGGUGUUUGUGGGGAGGGAAGGAUGGUGCGUGCGGUGACCUGUCGAUCAUCAGGUGGGGUAGUGAUGUCAGAAGAGCAAUGCGAUCAGUCACUGCGCCCGUUGGCCAUCUAUCCCUGCGGUGACAGAGACUGCGCCCCCCACUGGGUUGAACAGGAGUGGCAACAGUGUAACGCUACAUGCGGACGUGGCGUACGGCAGCGUCAGGUGGUGUGUGCCGGCCUGGAAGGCGGUGUGUUUAAAGAGUUUCCAGACAGCAGCUGUUACCAAACCAACAAACCAGAAACCAGCUCCUCCUGCUUCCAGAGACCUUGCUCCAAAUGGUUCACCACGUCCUGGUCUCAGUGCAGUAAGACCUGUGGGAGUGGCGUCCAGGUUCGCGAAGUAAAGUGUUACCAGGGGGAGGAGCUGGUAACCAGGGGCCACAGCUGUGACUCUGCCCUCAAGCCAGAAGCCAGACAGAGCUGUGAAAUCCAGAGGUGUCCUACAGAAGCUCCAGCAGCAGCCCCGGCAGCAUCAGUAGCAGUAGACGACUCGUGUCAAGACAAGCCGACAGCCAACUGUGCCUUGGUUCUAAAGGUGAAGCUGUGCUCCCAUUGGUACUACAGAAAGGCCUGCUGCCAGUCCUGUAAGGCACCAAGACCCUGAAGUCUUAACUGUCUUAACCUCAGCCUCGUAACACCAACCACUGGUACCAAAGGUCACACUACAUUCAUAUCGGUGCUACACAAAAGCCAGCUGCUAGCAAUGUAAGACCUUAGGACAUCAACGUUAACCUUAUUACUGUUACUCCUAUCACUGAUGUCAAAGGUCAACCUGUGGUCACUGUCUUUACCUCCAACCUGUCAAAGUUAUCCCUUUACUCGUAUUCCCUCACACCUCGAAUUACUAAAAGCAAAUCUGUUUUCUACAAAAGAUCAAUCAAAAACCAAUGAAAAUUACUCCUGGUGCUUCCUCAUAUUUGAGUAAUUGAUAAAUUAGUCCAGCAAAUAAAGUACAACCCCUGCUUUGUAGCAAUAUUUUACAAGUUUACUUAGAGUACUGAAGGUAUAAACAGUUCCAGACUGAUUUGUAACACAACGUAGAAGGCUUUUGUCUACCCCAUCUAUGAUCAGCUCUAUGAACCUCACAGAGGUCCUAAACUUUUACCCAGCGUGCUACUAAAUCUAUUUACUUCUCCCCAGACAAUGUGAAGAUAGACUAGCUUUUGGACACACUGGGCUAUUUGUUCAUCUGUUUCCUUAAUUUUCCAAACAGAAGAAGCUAACCUCGAACGACCCCUUUUAUUCAUCCAUCCCUGCGUCCAUCACUUCAAUUAACCACUGACCUUCCAUCCUGAUUUUAAAAGUGAUGUUCCCCAUAAAUGUCUCACUAUUUCAUAAGGUGCUAUCAGUGCCCUUUACUCACACGCUAGGGCAGCUUUGUUGUUACUGUGGCAACACACAAGAACAGACAGGACCAGGGAAAUGAUGCGACUGAGCCCCUCAGCCUGCAAUACAUACACACACACACACACCCCCAUUUGGUCAGGUUAUAUUACUGGUACCAUGCUGCUGCCCUUAUUCACAGCUACAGAUAUGUUACUACAGUAUGUUCUACAUUAUGUCAUGUAAAAUGUUUAAUAUUCUAAUAGUCAUUUGAAUUGCCUAGUAUACAGAGUAAGAAUCACUACCAGCUUUAUUGCUGUCACUGUCUCCUUCCUCACAACAUAGUACUGAAAAACCACGUCAUGGAUUCUCCUGCAGCCGCCUCUCGGGAAUGUCGAGUGAAAACUAGCUUAGCGCUAUUUCAUCUACUGACUACUGUAAAGUCAAGACAGGCAACAAUUUGAUGGUCAUGAAAAUGAACACUUAUCAGUAGCAGAUAAAAGUAAAAAUCAAAUCAGUCAAAAACAUUGACAAUACAAAUAUAACAAGAAAAUGUUAAAUAAGUAUUACCAAUACUGUAACAGUCACUCUUCCUUACAUUACAUAUACUAGCCUUAUAUGCUAGCACCAACUCUUUAACAAACCAGUCAAAAUCAGUCAGCAUAGUGUUUGAACAGGGCAAGGUUUUUGGAAAAUAUGCUAGUUUGUUUUCUCACCUAGAGUUAAAUGAGAGGCACAUUAUCAUUGUCAUCACUGUAUGUGCAGUAUAGUGGAAUAGUCCAGGAUGUGUUUUAGCCUAGCUUAGUGCAAAGAUUGGAAGCAGGAGGAAAACUGGCAGCGUAGGAAUAUCAAACAUACAGUAGGGUCCAAAAGUCUGAGACCACUUUCCUAUAAAGUGGUCUCAGACUUUUGGACCCUACUGUAGCAUGUCUUAUUUACAAAAAAAUGGCAGCCACUAUGCAUAGGCCUGCUUCACAGCAAGCCUCUGGUCUAUGCAAGGGUUCCAGUAAGUCAUGACAGUGUGAGCAAGUGAAGCAGCUAAAUGGAAUUCAGCCAUCAUUCAUUUUUUACUCCCCGGUUUUCCUACUGUGACAUAUUAGAAUGUCCGCUGUGAAAAAAAAGGCCAAUUGGAGCAAUCCUUGAUAUCCAACUGCUGAGUGCAGCAUCUCCAAAAGUUCUGUCCAAGUUUGCACUCGGUCAUAACUUACCCAUGAACAAAAAAACUAUCUCAUAUGAACGGAAGGCACAUUUUUAUCCCUUGUUACAGUAAGGUAGACUGUUUGACAUUGACAUUGCUUUAGUCUUUGUGAUAUUAAACUAAAUAUGUCCAGGAGGGUGUUUUAUGGCCUACUUCAUAAAUCAUCUCAUUUGAACAUAUUUUCCUAAAAUGUGAGUGUUUCUUUAACAUGAUACAAACUUAAACAGUACUGUAUGAGGAAUCCAGGCAACUUCUAAGGAAUCUUUUUUUUUUUUUUUUUUUUUUUUUUUUUUUCCUGAACCGAUCUGAAUUGUAGAUAAAAGUGUUGUUUAAAAGUAGCACGCGGUGACUUCUGAGCCUUCAGCUGGUUAUACUACUGUAGACAUUUUAGAUGUGGCAGCUCACCAAGGACAUGAAUGAAAAUACAUCAGCACUGUAGCUGCUGGCAAGCAAGAAGGAGUAAUGCAAACAUGACUUCACCCAGACACAGCUGAGGAGCAGGACUGUGUCACCAACACAGCUGCCAACGAAAUCUGUACGCGUCACAUUCUCGUUAACUGUGUACACCUGACUGUCAUAUUGUUGUUUACCUGUUGUUACAUUACCUACAGAGCUGUUGUUGAUGUUGUUUUUUACUGUAUCACAUGUAAGGAAUAAAGAAUCAACUGUUUUUGACAA